UUCGAAUAUAAAUAAAUAGAACUAGAACACUGUUACCAUUUUGAGAACUUCGCGAAUGCCGGUGCAUAUAGAUUGCAUUUUAACAAAAAACAUCAACAGAUCGACAACUUCCAACUGAAUUGUGUCGCUGGCGUUUAAUGUUAAAGCAAAUCUAUCCGAGAUGUGUGUGCUUGCCAGUCAGAAAGAAAAGUGUGAGAGCAAAACGAUACAUAACCUACAAAGAGAAUUUUCCAUGGUGUUUGUCGACGAGUACGGUGCGCAAAUUGUCAACCAGCGAGAAGAAUCGCUCAUCGGAAAAUUCUGCGCACUUGCCGUCGCAAUCACAGAUCGUCAUCGCCGGCGCCGGAACCGUCGCUAACUCCGUCGCUUAUCACUUGAUUCAGAAUGGAUGGAACGAUGUUCUUGUCCUGGAACAAAAUACAAUUGGCCACGGAUCCUCACACUUUGGUUCCGGCACGCUGGGACUCUUUAAACCAAUUUCUCACAGAAACCUGAUCGCAUAUAGCAUUAAAUUGUAUCAACAAUUGCAAGAAAUGGGCCAUGAUAUAGGACUGAGACAGUGUGGUAGUAUAUAUCUGGCACAGUCCAAGGAAAGAAUGGUGGCUUUAAAAAGAAGAAUGGCCUACAACGUACCGACUGGAUUGCAUUGUGAGGUUUUAGGCAGAGAGGAAUUGAAAAGAAUACAUCCCUAUCUACAUGUUGACGACCUGGAAGGAGCAAUUUGGGUAGCAGAAGAUGCUGUUGCCAAUCUAAAUGCGAUUUGCAACGUUUUAGCAACAUUAGCGAAGCAAGGAGGAGCACGAUAUAUUGAACACUGUUAUAUAGAAGAAGUGAAGACUGAGAAAGGUGCUGUUAAAAGUGUCAAGACUGAACACGGUACUGUUUCCUGCGAAUAUUUCAUUAACUGUGCUGGGAUGUGGGCUCGUGAGUUGGGAUUAAGAUGUACACCACCUGUAAGAAUUCCUGCAUAUCCUGUGGAACAUUUGUACGCGAUCGUGCCGCCUUUGUCAUUGGAAGUCAGUACAUCUUGGCCGUGUGUGCGAGACUUUGACUCGUACUCCUACAUGAGAGAAUGGCAAGGUGGACUUUUGCUUGGUUGGUUUGAGCCUGAUGCAAAACCCGCGUUUGAGAGCAAUCGCGUUCCUUCAAAGAAUUGGAUGGAAUACGUGGAGAGCGAUCCAGUUCAUUGGCAGCCAUUAUGGGACAAAGUCUUACAUAGAUUACCAAUUUUGAAGGAAGUAAAAUAUCCAAAUAUAUACAAUUGUCCUGACAAUUUCACUCCGGACGGUAGAUGGAUAUUGGGGGAAAGUCCCGAGGUAAAGAAUUACUUCGUCGCUGUCGGGAUGAACGGCAAUUCAUUGCAAGGUGCCGGCGGAAUUGGCAAAGAAAUCGCCGAAUCUUUGAUAAACGGCGAAUCCACACAAGAGGUGCUCCCGUUCAAUGUGCAAAGAUUUCUGGAUUUGCACAACAAUAAACAAUAUUUGCAGCAGAGAAUGAAGGAAGUGGUCGGUCGGAAUUAUGCUAUAUUGUAUCCACAUCAAUCGGAAUACAAAUAUGCCCGUAAAUUACGUUGCUCGCCUUUAUAUUCCGUAUUGGAAGAGCGGGGCGCAAUCUUUGGUAUAAAAAUGGCAUACGAGCGUCCACUUUACUUUGAUCCAACUUACAGACGGGGACAAAAAAAGCCGAUUAUGCCGAAAGGUAGUUUUUAUAAACCAAAGUUCUUCGAUUUCAUAAAGGAAGAGUUUCAAGCGUGUAGAGAAGGAGUCGGGAUAAUAGACAUGAGUUCAUUCUCGAAGAUCGAAAUUAAAUCUAGUCGCGUGGAAGUGGUGGAGUAUCUACAGAAAUUAUGUUCUAACGACGCCAAUAUACCAGUCGGUGGAAUCGUUCACACAGGAAUGCAAAAUGAAAAGGGUGGUUAUGAGAAUGACUGUAUGUUAGUGCGACAAGGCGAAAGUAGCUAUUUUAUGGUCUCACCGACGUCGCAGCAGACACGUAUUUAUCAGUGGAUGUCCAGACAUUUGCCAGCGGAUCAUUCGGUGGGUCUUAACGAUGUGACUUCAAAAUACACGGUGAUCAACAUCGUAGGUCCGAAAACUACUGAAUUGCUGUCGGAGUUAUCCAACUCUGAUAUCAAUCUUUUACCUUUUACUUACAAGACAGUAAACAUCGCAUACGCUUCGGACGUUAUGGUAAUGGCAUUCACGCAUACUGGUGAACCUGGCUAUUGUCUCUAUAUACCGUCGGAAUAUGCACUGCACAUUUAUUCAACAUUGAUGGCGGUAGGAAAGGAUUACGGUGCAAGAGACGUCGGCGUGCUCACGCAGCGUUUUAUGAGAAUAGAGAGGUUUAUUCCAUUCUGGGCUGAAGAACUGACGCCAUAUGUCACACCGUACGAGGCGGGAAACGGCUACAGCGUAAAAUUGGAUAAAGAUUACUUUAUUGGCAAAUCCGCUUUACAACGUCAGAAAGUACAGGGCGUGACAAAGCGAUUGGUUUUAUUUGUACUCAAUGGUAUGGAUUUGAACAAAGAUGUGUGGGCCUGGGGUGGUGAACCAUUGUAUCGGAACGGUGAAUUCGUUGGCACUGUUACAUCAGCCGGCUAUGGUUUUAUUAUGGAGAAACUGAUUUGCCUUGGGUUUAUCAGUCUCCCCGGAGCGAGACAUAAGCAAGAGACAAACAUUAUCACCACUGAUUUCAUAAUGGAUCCAAGAGCGCGUUAUGAAAUCGAUAUUGCUGGAACUAGAUUUCCUGCUAAACCGCACAUUCAUCCAUUGCCUAUACCAGUAUUAAGUAGUCAAUUGAACAAGAAAUAUAUUCCUACUCCUGUUGUGUCAUAUCAGAGUGAUGUUUCACGUUAAAAAUAAAGCUCUAGUCAUUUUUGUUACUUGUAUAUUUUUAGCGAGUAACGUGAAGAUUACCUGUGUAGUUCUGUGUGAUAAAUUAUAGCUUACGGCAUAUGUGAUAUAAGACUCACAGUAUCAGUAAUUCUACGUAUCGUUACUUUUUAUUUCCUAACUAUUAUAUAAUUUUUCUAAAAGAAUUGUUCUCGUAUUUUAUAAUAUAAAUUGCAAAUCUGCAUCAAAAGUAUUGUAUCGUGUAACAUAUAUUUUUAUAUUCAUAGCAUCUCUCUCUUACAUGUGCUGUAUAAAUUUUCAUAAUUAUACAAUUUUGAAACCAAUUGACUGUUCUUUUAAUCACAGCUUUUUUGGUAUAUUAGUAUUUAUUACAUUUUUCCAAUUUUCAACAUUAUAUGUAUCUUUCCUAUUGCGUUCAAAAUUAAAAUUCUAA